AUGAGUGGUAAGGUGCUUGCAAUUUUGUUGUGGAAGCACCUUAUUGUCAGGAAAAGAAAGUAUAUUCGUACACCGAUUGAGUUCUUGGCACCUAUCCUCAUUAUCAUACUAAUAUUCGUCUUUAGGCAUGAUAUCAAUCCAAUACCAAGACAUCAACAUUAUACAGAGCUUAAUGAUGUGGAUGAAACCCAACCUUUUACUUGGAAAGAUGUUGGAAAUCCAUCUAUAGUCCUAUACACCCCAGAGACUCCUAAGACUCUGGAACUGAUGAAAUUGGUGAAUGAAAAAUUCAGUAACAACAGCAGAAGACUAACAACGUUUCUGCCAUUUGAUGAUCUAUCUACUGUUUUCAACAUCACAAAAAAUUUGCAAUAUGAUGAAGCUAUUGUCAUCUUCCAGAACGUCUCGGGAGAUACAUGGCCGGAAACUCUGAACUACACCAUUCGUAUGAAGAACGACUUUCUGACGGCAAUCCACACAUCACUCGACAACAAUCCCAGUCCACACCGCAGCUUCGGUGAAAUCUAUGGGAAAUUCAUGGCGUUACAAUGGGCGAUCGACACCAGUUAUUUGGAACUGCUCACUGGAAAGGAAGUAAAACUGAAUGUGACCCUUCAAGAGUUUCCUUACGUGAAGCAUCGAGGCUCUUCGAACUCGUCAAUGAUAGCAGACUGGAUGAGGACGGUCUGCUGGUUGUCAAUGCUGCUACCGUUCAUGUUCCUCAUGACGAGGCUAUUAGAGGAACGAGCGACGGGUAUACAGGAGCUGAUGAAGAUGAUGGGAGUGCAAACGGAGAUGUUAUCUUUGGCACACGUAAUAAACGCGUUGGCUCCUGGUUUAGUGUUCGCGGCGGUGACGGCCAUACUGCUCACCGUCGGCGACAAUCCACUACUCGUAUACGCCAGCGGAUUCAUAAUAUUUGUCACUCUAAUGUUCUACUAUUUCACCGUCAUCUCUCUGGCGUUCGCUACCAGUUAUCUCACUAAGAGCACUCAGUACGCGGUGUCGCUGUCCGUGCUGGCGUACGUGGUGCUGUGGAUCCCCGCGAUGCAGGUGCCCCAGCACGAGGUCGCCCCCCCCUCGCUGGUGGCGCUGGCGGGGCUGCUGCCGCACAUGCCGCUCACAUGGCUCUGGACAGAGGUGGCCCAGCUGGAGAAAUACGGACAAGCUCUCUCUUUCGGCACAAUGUUCACCUCCCAUUCGACCCAAUCUGGAUCGGUGUUCGCGGCCAUCGUUUUAAUGUUAUGCCAGACAAUCUUCUUCUUUCUGCUCUCCUGGUACCUGGAUCACGUAUACCCUGGCCAAUAUGGUCAAUCGCUGCCGUGGAACUUCAUAUGCCAGAAACAGUAUUGGCGUAAAAACGACGUGACCCCCGACGAACUUCUAGAAGAAUUGGAAGAGGUCGCGGAACAAGACCAACGUUACUUCGAACCCGAGCCCAUCGGACAAGAAGUUGGAAUUAAAAUCAUGAACGUCUCCAAGGUAUUCCCAAAACAUCGUGCAUUACACAAUGUGUCUCUAGAGGUGCACAAAGGUGAGAUCACUGUGUUACUGGGACACAACGGGGCUGGGAAGACCACGCUCAUGAAUAUUAUUACAGGCAUGUUGAGUGCUACCCAAGGGAAGGUGUUUGUGAACGGCGCGGAUGUGACGUCACAGCGGAGCACCGUCCGUCAACAUCUGGGCCUCUGUCCGCAACACAACCUGUUCUUCCCCGACCUCACCGUGCUGGAACACGUCAUGUUCUUUACACUGCUGAAAGGCGGUACGUUUGCGAAAACACGAAUAUCCUCCGAGAGUCUUCUCGACAAACUGGGCAUUCUCGAUAAGAAGAAUAGCAUGAGCUCCGAACUGUCCGGCGGUAUGAAACGAAGACUUCAGUUGGCCUGUGCUUUAGCUGGUAGUGCUGACGUGCUCAUAUUGGACGAACCCACCUCAGGACUGGACGUAGAGACGAGGCGAGAGUUGUGGGAUCUACUACUGGCUCUGCGUGGCACUCGUACUGUGUUACUAUCUACCCACUUCAUGGAGGAAGCGGACGCGUUAGGCGACCGCGUGGCCGCGUUACAUUCCGGCAGAUUACGAUGCUUCGCCACACCCCUGUAUCUCAAGAAAGCCAUAGGUACCGGGUACCGUCUGACGUUCACUACGAUCGGGACGCCGAAACAGGAGGCGAUCACUCGUGCGGUGACGUCACACGUGCCCGACGCCAACCUCAAGGAGGCCACCAUCAACUCCAUAUCGUACAACCUGCCCGCCGCCAGCUCGGACAAGUUCCCGCAGCUGUUCACGGGACUGGAGAACCAACGGUCCGAAUUGGGUAUUGACUCUAUCGGGGUGGGCGCGUCUACGCUUGAAGAGGUCUUCUUAAGAUUAUGCAGUGAUGUCGACACGACAUUAACCCAGGACGAUGUUGACGGUGUCGGCAGUGAAUCUGAAAGGACUGUUAAGCGCGUGACCGGCUUCCUUCUGUAUCUCCGUCAGUUCAAAGUGCUAUUCAAGAGGCAACUGAAUUAUGUGAUCUACAAGAAAAUGUGGUUCCUCAUACUGCAAGUGAUACUCCCGCUUCUGAUGAUAGUGGCGUUUACAUUGAGCUCUAAUUCCGAAAAAGAAUUAUUGAUGGACAAACUGUUACCUUUGAACCUGGACGUGUACCGGAACACUGGCGAUCGGCGAGUACUGUACAGUAUACACGACGCCCCGCUCAGACCACUCACCGACAGAUACCCGGACGUACUGUUCCAGAAUACAAGCGAUGUGGCAGAAGGUAUUUAUAUAAUAUAA